AUGAUCCCAAUAGACAUCCUACGACAUCUCGAAAUUUCUCUUGUGAGCUGUGUUAUUGUGUUGUUGACGGCGUCAAAGCCUAUCAAAAUGCCUGAUUCACCUCAUGUAACCAUGAGUAACAACAAUGUAUCAGAAGAAGUUGACAAAACUGAACAAAGUUGUGCAAAUGAAAAUACAGAAAAUGAUGAUAUUAGAAAGGUGAAUAAUCAGGAAACAAAAGAUGGUUUGACAAAUGAAAACAAUGCAAAGAAAACAACAAAUAAGCCAGCAAAAUCACCAUCAUUUUCAUCAUCUAGGCCUCAAAAGUUAGAAUCACACAUGAGGAAUUUCUCUGAAUUUUCCAAUACUCCUAGAGAUAGAUCAAGUCCAAGAAUGAUUUCAAAGAGCGGACCGAAUUCGCGUAGUGAUAGUUUAGAAAGCACAAGUACACCAAUAUUUAAGCCACAUACAGGAGGUGAUGUGAGAUGGGAUGCAAUUAACUUGGUUACAAGAGUGUCACAAUGUAAUCUCAACUUUGGUCAUUUUCGGCUUGUGAAGCGUGUCGGUUAUGGUGACAUCGGAAGCGUUUAUCUUGUUGAACUUAAAGGGACAAGAACAUUUUAUGCUAUGAAAGUAAUGGAUAAGGCUUCACUUGCUAGUAGAAACAAGCUUCUUAGAGCACAAACUGAAAGGGAGAUUCUUGGACUUCUUGAUCACCCUUUCUUGCCAACUUUGUAUUCUCAUUUUGAAAAUGACAAGUAUUAUUGUUUGAUCAUGGAGUUUUGUAGUUGUGGUAGUUUGCAUAGCCUCAGAAUGAAGCAACCCAACAAGCAUUUCACUGAAAAUGCUGCAAGGUUUUAUUGUUCAGAGAUUCUAUUAGCAUUGGAGUACCUCCACAUGUUAGGAAUAGUAUACAGAGAUUUAAAACCAGAAAACGUUCUAGUCCGUGACGAAGGCCACAUAAUGCUAUCGGAUUUUGAUUUAUCCCUUCGAUGUUCGGUUAACCCUACACUCGUCAAGUCCUCCUCCGCACACAUAACCACCACCGCGACAUCCAUUGGAAUCCUAGACGACGAUCACGCCGUACAAGGUUGUAUGCAACCAUCAAGUUACUUGUUUCCAAGAAUCCUCCCAUCUAAAAAAAACCGAAAAUCAAAAUCAGAUUUCGGUCUCAUCCGUCUACCAGAAUUAAUGGCAGAACCAACGAACGUCAGAUCAAUGUCGUUCGUUGGGACACAUGAAUAUCUUGCACCGGAAAUCGUGCGUGGUGAAGGACACGGUAGUGCUGUUGAUUGGUGGACAUUUGGGAUAUUUUUAUACGAGCUUUUAACCGGAACAACGCCGUUUAAAGGUAACGGAAACCGUGCUACGCUUUUCAAUGUUGUAGGACAACCUUUAAGGUUUCCUGACUAUCCUUCUUGUAGUCCUAUUGCUAAAGAUCUUAUUAGAGGAUUGUUGGUUAAGGAACCUCAAAAAAGAUUUGCUUAUAAAAGAGGUGCUACUGAGAUUAAACAACACCCAUUUUUUGAAGGGGUUAAUUGGGCUUUGAUUCGAAGUGCAACUCCACCUAUUAUACCAGAACCAUUUGAUUUUAGUCAGUAUGUUAGUAAGGAAACUGUUGUAGCUGAUGUUGCUGAUAAGAAGAUUGUUGAUAUUGUGAGUGAUAAAAAUAAUAGUAAGGUGCAACAUGAUUCUUCUUAUGAAGAUUUUGAGUAUUUUUAG